CUUCAGGUGAGCACUUCUGGUUAGCUUGUAGUUCCGAGGCGACUCGCGACGAACUCUGGCUGCUAUUGGUCCAGAGAAACAUCAAUCUGACCGCUGCGUAAUCCUAUUGGUGGCUUUUGGGAGGGCGGUGCUCGAACUUGUCCUGCUACAAGCUAGGAGGCGUUACAUGGGAAAUAAUACUUAAACCUGACAGUUCAACUUUCUUCUCUUCACUCUCAUAUUUGGACCGUUCAAGCAACAACAUGGCAAACAUCGGCAGGCUCUCCACCAAGGACGCAGUGCUCUUCCUGUGUGACAUGCAAGAGAAGUUCAGACCCAACAUCUUCCAGUUCACCAACAUUGUCAGCAAUGCAGCCAGAUUGCUACAGGCCAGUCGUGUUCUGGGCAUCCCCCCCAUCUUGACAGAGCAGUACCCUAAAGGUUUAGGUCCCACUGUGCCAGAGCUGGGAGCGGAAGACCUGAAAGCUCACGCUAAAACCUCAUUCACUAUGAUGAUAGAGGAGGUGGAGAAGGAGCUGCAGGCCCUUGGAAAUCCCAAACAGGCUAUACUGUGUGGAAUAGAGGCACAUGCCUGUAUUGCGUGCACAACUUAUGACCUGCUUGAAAAGGGAAUAGAGGUUCAUAUUGUGGCUGAUGCCGUCUCAUCCAGAAGCCAGACAGACCGUUUGUUUGCUCUGUCCCGACUGAAGCAGAGCGGAGCUUACCUCACCACCACAGAGGCCGUCAUGCUGCAGCUGGUCCAAGACGCCAAACACCCCAACUUCAAGGAGAUCCAGAAGCUCUUGGCCCAUCCGUCCCCUGAUACCGGCCUGCUUGCCUUCUUCAGCGCUCUGUAGAGAGAUCAUCACCUGUUGCUCUGUCUCAUAAACACUGUAAAGGAUUUCACUGCUUCCAACAUACUCAUAAACUUCUUCAAUAAAGCGAUGCUGCUACUUUGAAA